GUCAGCACUGAUGGUGUAUUGUACUGCAACACGCUUGGAUGCAUAAUAAUACUAAUAAAAGAUAAAGUACUGAGGACCGACACCAACAAAGGACACUUCCUCGGGAUUCAGCGUCAGACACGUGACCGUCAGUCCCAACACCCGAGCCAAGCCUCCAUCAGAUCAAAACAGCGAUGCGAUUGGUCAGUGUGUCGGGGGCGCGGCCCCGAAGGGCGGCGGUGGAGGAGAACAAGGAGCCCGCGCCGCCCCCGCCCCCCUCGCACCACUCCAGCCACCAGUUUGAAAGCAUGAAGAAUAAGUUCUUCAAUGAAUUCACACACUUGCCCAACCAUAAACUCCAGUUGCCCAUGUGGGCAGUGGGUGCCAUUGUGGUGGUGGUCCUGGCGCUGGUGGCCUGCAUGUGCUUCUGCCUCUACAAGAAGUGCUUCAACAAGGGCAAGAAGCCCAAGAAGGUCCGAGAGAGGAAGGGCGGGCGAGGACGCAAGAAGAAAGAUGCCGAAGGAGAGGAUGGAGAGGAGAAGAAGGAAGGAGAAGAAGGUAAACAAGAGGAGGAGAAAGAGAACUUUGGCAAACUGGAGUACACGCUGGACUACAGCUUCACAGACAAUCAGCUGAUAGUAGGCAUCCUGCAGGCUCAGGACCUGGCCGCCAUGGACAUGGGCGGGACCUCAGACCCUUACGUGAAAGUCUACAUGCUGCCUGACAAGAAGAAAAAGUUUGAAACCAAAGUCCAGCGCAAGAACCUGUGCCCUGUUUUCAAUGAGACCUUCACCUUCAAGAUCCCCUACACGGAGCUGGGCGGUCAGACUUUGGUGCUGCAGGUUUUCGACUUUGACCGCUUCGGCAAACACGACGUCAUCGGCGAGAUCAAGAUUCCCAUGAACUCGGUGGACCUCGGCCAGCCCAUCCACGAAUGGAAGGACCUGAUCGGAGGCGAGAAGGAAGAGGCAGAAAAACUUGGAGACAUUUGCAUUUCUCUUCGCUACGUUCCUACGGCCGGCAAGCUAACUGUGAACAUCAUGGAGGCCAAGAAUUUGAAGAAGAUGGACGUUGGAGGACUGUCAGAUCCUUUCGUCAAAGUGGUGCUGCAGCACAACGGCAAGCGUCUGAAGAAGAAGAAGACGUCAGUGAAACAAAACACUUUGAAUCCAUAUUUCAACGAGAGCUUCAGCUUCGAGAUCCCCUUCUCCCAGAUCCAGAAAGUGCAGGUGGUGAUCACCGUGUACGACUACGACAAAUUGGGAAGCAACGACCCCAUCGGGAAGUGCUGGAUCGGCUACGGCGCCUCGGGCGUGGGACUGCGCCACUGGUCCGACAUGUUGGCCAACCCCAGGCGUCCGGUGGCCCAGUGGCACACCUUGCAGCCUGAGGAGGAGGUCGAUGCUGCUCUGAAGGCACCCAUUCGUUAACACACUCAGUGGGUGUUACAAAUGUCCAGAUUGUCUCAGGGCGUAAUCGUCUCCCAUUGUUUAGUAUUUUGGAAAAUAUGAGAAUGUUCCGUCUUUAGAUGUUUUCACUCUUCUGUAUUGCAGUGGUUCUCAACUGGCACCACCAUAAUGACCAACAUUAAAAUACAGUAGCGUCGUAGGCCUAAGUAGUCAUUAAAAACAAGUCACAGCCAUAAUGACCAACAUUAAAAUACAGUGGCGUAGUAGGCCUAAGUUGUCAUUAAAAAUAAGUCACAGGCGUCAUUUGACAGGUAUACUGAAUAUUUUUGGCCACUGUAACACAAAGCACAUCAUGAACAAUGAUAUACAUAUUUAAAUUAGAAUGAUAAAUAAAUAACAUUUACAGCAUUUCACAAAAUCAGUGCCAUUUGCUUGUAACUCUAAAAAAUAACUUAGAUUUCUACCUUUUUUGGACUGAAAAUCUGAUAAUAUAUAUAUAUAUAUAUAUAUAUAUAUAUAUAUAUAUAUAUAUAUAUAUAUAUAUAUAUAUUUGGUGUGUGGGGAAAAAUCGAUUCCAGUACGAAUUGCAAUUCUCACGUGCGAUUCAGAAUCGAUUCUCUUUUUAAAAAAAUCGAUUUUCUAUUUUCAUUUUUAUUUUUAUUUUUUUUAAUCAAUCCAACAAAACAAUACAUAGCAAUACCAUAACAAUGCAAUCCAAUUCCAAAACCUAACCUGACCCAGCAACACUCAGAACUGCCAUAAACAGAGCAAUUGAGAGGAGACACAAACACGACACAGAACAAACCAAAAGCAGUGAAACAAAAAUGAAUAUUAUCAACAACAGUAUCAAUAUUAGUUAUAAUUUAAGCAUAGCAGUGAUUAAAAAUACCUCAUGGACAUUAUCAUUAGACAUCUAUAAAAAUAAAAAAAAGAAGAAUAGUGUCCCAGUGGCUUACACUUGCAUCGCAUCUCAUAAGCUUGACAACACACUGUGUUCAAUGUUUUCACAAAGAUAAAAUAGGUCAUAUUUUUGGUUCAUUUAAUAGUUUUAACACAUUUACAUUAUUGCAAUCUGUUGAUAAAACAUUGUCCUUUACAAUUAUAAAAGCUUUUUUUUUUUUUUAUCUACUACUCUGCUAGCAUGUCAACAGACUGGGGUAGAUCCUGCUGAAAUCCUAUGUAUUGAAUGAAUACAGAAUCGUUUUGAAUCGGAAAAAUAUCGUUUUUGAAUCGGUAAUCGCGUUGAAUUGAAAAAAUCGAUAUAUAAUCGAAUCGCGAGCCCAAGAAUCGAUAUUGAAUCGAAUCGUGGGACACCCAAAGAUUUGCAGCCCUAAAAUAUAUACAGUAUAUAUAUAUAUAU